AUGCCGCGGUUCCUGUUCUCGUGCCAGGGGCUACUUUUGGUGAUUAUUGUAUGGAAAUAUGCCGAGAGAGAGGACACCCGCAGCGAGGACCCACUAGAGUCGAUUUGCGAGUACGACGUAAAGCAACUCUGUCCGGAAUGUUUCACCGACAGUUCCGUGUGUCGGGGGAUUGGUGAAAUAUUUAAGCCUCAAUAUGAUAGCUGGUCCAGCAGAAUCAACGGUCUGUUCAGCGCACAUACCACCACACUUGGUACCUUGGGCAAGACGAACGCUUUGGCGGUCAUGAAACGGUUAAAUCGGAAAGAAACUAUUGAGCAACUCUUGCGCGAAUUCUGCGCAACCGAUGCGACCGACACCCAUAGAUGCGCAUGGUCCCGAUCGGGAACACUGAGGGUAGCAUCAGCGUUUGUGGCCGAUACAAUUUUGGACAGGCGUCGCAUUGAAGGAUGUAUUUUUUGUCCGACGAGCAUCAAUCAUUUAUCGCUGCAACGUUUUCUGUCAACGAUCGAGCCAACGGCCAUCGAGCUGUGGAAGCUGCUGGUGAUACGGACGAAUGCCGAACCAUUGAUUUUGAAGCUUCUGUCCCAGCAACAGACAGCCUUUCCGGUGCCGACACUGCUGCACACGUUUGGAUUUUCUAUCAUCGAAAGCUACGAAGGUGAGCCGUUAAACAACUUCUACGAUCACCAUCCGUCGGUACAAAUGUUGAUUGCACGGGAGCUGAUCAAAGCCGCAUUCAGGUUUACCGAAGGAGCGAGCGGAUUCAGAUUUUACCUCACCGACCUCAGCCCUGACAAUGUGGCAGUAAAGCUGACAGAGGACUCCAGAAAGGUGACGGUGUCUUUGGUGGACUUGGACAACCUCAUUGUGUUGGAUAGUCUGUCCGAUGGGCUUCGCUCCGACCAACCUCACGUGCACGGCAAGAUCGAAUGUGACGGAUGCUUUGCGUACGUGCAGGACGAUGUUUGCGGUCAUCGCAGCAGUGAUCUGAACUACUUUGCGGUAUGCCAGCUACUACACGGAAACCUCAACGGAAACGCGGAGGUUGGACUGCUUCAUUUGGUCACCGAUGAAGUCACCGACGCAGCUCAGACACUGCACGAUCUGCUCGACGAAUGCGUUCACUGCCAGCCACCGAGCUGCCGCAACCGAUCCGCAAUCCUCGAGGAAGUGUUGAACGUGUUGGAUCAAUGCUUGGCGUGA